CUGGUUCUUCUUCUUCUCUCCCAACCCUAAAUCCAUUCUCUCAUCCUCCUCGGUCCCCCCAGACUCCAGCCUCCCCGACGCCGACGCUGACGCCCUUUGCUGCUUCUUAAAUACGUGGACCUUGGUGUUGUAUGCCGUGGUGGUGCACUGGUGCUUCUUCUUCUUUUACUUUUUUCAGUCAAAGAAUAGUGCUAGCCCUAAGAUAGAGAUUUGAGAGGAGAGGGAGAACACUGAACACUGAAUAGUGCAUAUAUAACCGUUUAGUUGGAUAGUAGCAUACCACCUCAAACAACUUUCUCGGAGCUUGACCUGAAUUGGGGCAACUCCCAAAUCAGGCUAAGUGAUGGGUGGAGUAAUUCUAGGCUUCCCUGGACCAUGGGCUAAGGAUUAUUGUGAAGUCUCAGAUCAUUAUACAUCAAAAAUUGGUGGCCUUCCGGAUUGGCCUAUUCCAAGGGAGUCAAUUCCAUCUGAUCUGCUUCAAUGUGGUGCUUGUGGAAGUAAUCUCUGUCUUGUUGCACAGGUUUAUGCUCCCAUUUUAAGUGGCACUUUGAAGAUUGAAGAGCGUAUUAUCUACAUUUUUGGAUGUGUAAUGCCAAAAUGUGGGGACAGUCUCCUUAGCAGCUGGCAUGCUGUUCGAGUUCAGAAGUCCAACAAUGUAGAAGGGAGCCCUACCUGCAAACAAGUGAUUCCAUCAACAGUACCUUCUGGGUCAAUUUCAAACAGUAACAAAUGGUGGGAAGAAGAUUCGUGGACUUGCAGAUCUGGAGAAGAAGAUGAAGACAAUAUUGACCUGGAGGAGCUGGGAAGGGCACUGUCUGAAGCCGCAUGCUUGGCUUCUAAUUCCAAAAAGAAAAAAAAGAGUGGUAUUCAUAAGUCUGCGAGGAAGUGCUCACCAGUUUUGCAAGAAGUUGGGGUUGUUCAUGCCAACAUACCGGUGGUACCGUGCUUCUAUAUCUAUUCUCAAGAACAGGCAUCAUCAAGAGACGUAAGCUCUGUAUGUUUGAACUAUGCUUCACUCUCUAUCAAGGAGAAUCAAAGUGACUUUGAUAGUCUUAAAGAGGAAGAGGUGUGGGGAGAAGAAAGUUAUGAGUAUGAUAGAGCUCUGUAUGCUGAUAGGACCUACUUGAAGUUCAAAAAAUGGAUCGACGCACAUCCAGAACAAUGUUACAGGUACUCAUAUGGUGGAAAGCCACUUUUGGCCACGAAGGGGUUAGGGGAACCUGGGGCAUGUGCACUAUGUGGUGCAUCCAGACACUAUGAAAUGCAACUGAUGCCCCCAUUGUUGUUUUUUCUACGGGAAGCCCGUGAUGGUUCAGCGACACAUUCCCCAGAUUGGAAUUGGAUGACACUACUUGUAUACACUUGUUCCAAGAAUUGUUCACAAUGGUUAAAUAACGAGAAAUCCAAUAAUGGGGGUUGGACUGUGGUGAAGGAGGCUAUUAUUAUACAAAAUGAGGAGGAAUUGCAUGAGUCAACACAAGUUAGUUAUUUCUCAUGAUCUGCAUUUUGCACCCGUGGGAAAUGUCUUCCACUGGAGUGCAGGUCAUCUUUUCAUUCUUCACAGUUAUGCUUCUUUGGGCCGAAUUAGAUAAGCUUCUAAUUUAUGAAGAAUCCAUGGCAGCAUUCUCGUGAGUACUGAUGGAAGGAUUAUAUGUUUUGCAACACUGACUGUCACUUUACUGAAGUUUGCUUGAUUUUUACUCCGAAAUUGUCUAUACUUGCUGGGAACCAUACAUAGUUCUGAUGCCUGUCAUAGUGCUGGGAAUUCCAGCCAAAACUGCUUUGUAUACAAGUCAUUUGGCAUGAUUUAGUGUUCAAAGGAAAGUUUUUUGUAUGUGUCAUUUGGCAUGAUUCACAAAACAGCUUUUGUAAACUGGUGGAGUCGUUUAGUUGGGUCUUUUAAGUAUUUUCUUAGACAUUGAAGAGGGUGAUUCAUGUGGCUAAAGUAACCUUUGGGUACUCGUUGCAGGAAAGUUUUGAAUACGGUCUCAUACCAGCUCCCGAAAUUGUUACCAUUUGUUCAGAACAGUCCCAGUGCAAUUAUAUGUUGAAAAUAAACUCUGGUGGUAAGGAUCUGUGAACAUUAAUAGCCCAUUGGCUUGCCUGUAUUAGGAAUUUGGUCAUGGGCCUUUUUAGGUUUCUUAAAUUGUCUAGCUUAGAUCAAUGAAUUGUGAAACUUAUCUGCUAUUAAUGUUGUUGGAUACAUUUGCAGGGGUGAGUAAA